GCUGCUCUGGCUUCUUAAUGCUAGCUGCUACGCGGCGCGUCAGCGUGGCGAGGCGUUCGCGUUUGUGCGAGUACUCGACGACCACUACUGCGUGCGCACUGUUCGAGAUUGCCCACGAGCCGCACAGCGGUCGCACCUCCUUGCCUCUGCCAAAAGAGAGCCUGCCGUGCUGGCUGCCAAAACGCGUCGAGAUGGCAUCCAUCUCAUUCGAAGACCUAGGAUUCGGCCGAGGCCUGGCCGCGACGACGGCUGCUGCGCCGUCCUGGCGGCCGCCGCCGCCGCGCACCGCGCAAAGAGUGCUGGGUGAAAGAGAUCGAGAGGACUCCUCUGACGACGACGACGCGUCCGUCCCGUUCGCCACCUGGUUCUGCCCAUCGUGCACUUUCGAGAAUGCGAAAGCAAAUACCGCGUGUGAGGCGUGCGGCGCGGUGCGCGCGCCGACGCCGCGAGAAAGACGGAUGUCGCGGGAGCGCGCCGCCGAGGCCGAGGCGCGACGAAAUUCAGAAGCUCUGCGCGACGAGGCCGCGGCCGACCUGUCGGAUCUGAGCGACGGCGACGAUGCCCCCGUCGUCGAGGCGCGGCCGACGGCGCGGCGGCGCGUGCGCGCGCCCGGUCGGCGGCCGUUGCUGCUGGCUCUACCUCCUGAGCUCGCGAGACGCACAUUGGAGUUUCUGGCCUACGAGCUGCUCGACCGCACCGCGCGCAACGCGUCGUUCUUGCACUCCAUCGGCAUCGGCGGCGUUGCUGGCGCGGCGGCGGCGCUGACGCAGGGUACAUACCGCAUGCGACUCCGUGCCGUCUGCUUUGCGUGUCUGGAGCUCGGCGAGGAGAGAAGACAACGCUACAUCCCGUGGGACGCUGCGCGCCUGCUUGGCGUGCGCGACUCGCGCGACCGCGACUGGGGUCAUAUGUCCAGGGGCUGGCGCUGGACUUUUAAUGAGGCGACGACGACCCUGUUGGACGCCGCACGUGCGCCGCCCCAGCCAGGCCCGAUCGAUCCCGCGCUCCUUGCCGCCGCAAACUCGCUGUCACCGCGUGACCGACGCCGCGCGCUCCGAGCCGCGGCGCCGACGGCGUUCGAGUCGCUCUGCCCGACGUGGCGCCUGCGGUGGCAGAAGGCCAUGCGGGCGCUCUGCCGCGCGAAAUCCGCCGCCUUCUUCGCCGACUGUCUGCGCGACCCUGCCACCAUAGUCGCUGAGACCUUGUCGCGCGACGCGACCCUCUCUAUGCUUCAGCGGUACGCUAUUUUUGACCGAUGGUCCGCGGCUCUGGAGCGCGCUUGUGAGGAGGUCGAGGCGAACCUAGAGGACUGGCGUCAGAACCAGCCGCUACAUUACGCGGUCGCCGAGCGCGCCUGUCCCACGAUUCGAUCGCGCGCGCUCGCUGCGUUCCGAGCGUCGUGCCUCGUGGCGCCGCGAACUGGCCUGCCGAGGCCGAUGGAAUCGCUGACGCGCGACGCAGCCGCGCUCGUGCCGGCGGACGCGUUUGCCGUCGCCGAGACUGCUCUGGCUGGGCGCCCCUCCGACGAUAAUCUCUUCGACCGCGUGGCGCGUCGACUCUCGCGCGACGCCAGGCCGCUGCCUCCGUCGCUCGCGGGCGUUGCCGACGCGCUCGAGGAGAUAGACGGGGCACUGGGGCCCCGGCGGGCCGGGCCGGGCCGGAACGGCGGCCACCUGGACGAGUCGCUGCGGCUGGCCUUGCGCCUGCGCGUGCUUCUACCGCUGCGGGCCGCGCGCCUCAGCAGGUAA